CGGCGCUCGCGCCCGCCGCUUAGCACUCGGGCGCCGCUCGCUUCUCGGGGCAUCGCGGAAAUAUCGCCGCAGACGGACACAAUGGCGGCGACUGCCGCCACCACGGCCGCCACCGCCGGCAAGGCCGUCCGCAGCAGCAGCAGCAGCGCCGGCACCGACGCCGCGGGCACCAGAAGAUUGCAGCAGCCGCCGCAGCAGCAGCCCCAGCCCGCGGCCGCCGCGCCGGCCCAGCCGCCGCCGCAGCCGCCGCUGCCGCCGCCCGAGCCCCCCAGGAAACCGCGCAUGGACCCGCGGCGCCGCCAGGCUGCCCUUUCCUUCCUCACCAACAUCUCGCUGGACGGACGACCGCCGCUGCAGGACGAGGAGUGGGCCGGCAGCGAGGAGAGCGGCGCGACCAAGCCGGGCGCCGGCAGCGCCUGCGGCGCGAGGACUCGCCUCAGCCUGCUCGCCGCCGCCGAGCGGGGCGGUUGCGGCGCGCUCGCCGCGGCGGGCACGGCGGCGGCGUUGGCAGUUGGAUCGGGCCCCUGCCAUCCGCCGCCCUCGCCGCUGCCGCCCCUGGUCCCCGGCGGCCACGCGACCGUGCUCGGCCCUGGGGCGGCCCGAGGGUUCGCGAGCCCCCUGGGCGCGGGCCGGGCAUCGGGGGAGCAAUUGCAGCCGCCCCGGCCCGCGCCUCUCGCCGCCUGCGUUCAGCCGCAGCUGCCCGACGGGCCCGGGGGCGCCGGGCAGGAGGACCUGGAGGAAGACGAUGCCUUUACCAGCGUGCACGUGCCGGCGGCCUCCUUCUUGGGCUCCGGGACCCCCGGGAGUGCGAGCGGUAGUCGGGGCCGCCUCAACUCUUUCACUCAGGGAAUCCUGCCGAUCGCCUUCUCCAGGCAGACCUCGCAGAACUACUGUUCCCUGGAGCAGCCGGGCCAGGGGGGCAGCACCAGCGCCUUCGAGCAGCUUCAGAGGUCCCGACGUCGCCUCAUCUCCCAGAGAUCGUCCUUGGAGACCCUGGAAGAUAUUGAGGAGAAUGCUCCCCUACGGAGAUGUCGUACUCUCUCAGGUUCGCCCAGACCAAAGAACUUUAAGAAGAUUCAUUUUAUCAAGAAUAUGCGGCAACACGAUACCAGGAAUGGCAGAAUAGUCCUUAUCAGUGGCAGAAGAUCCUUCUGCAGUAUAUUUUCAGUGCUGCCAUAUCGCGACAGUGCCCAGGUUGGGGAUUUGAAAUUGGACGGAGGGAGACAGUCAGCAGGAGCCGUGAGCCUGAAAGAGAUCAUUGGCCUGGAAGGCGUGGAGCUGGGCGCUGAUGGGAAGACUGUUUCUUAUACCCAGUUUCUGUUACCCACGAAUGCCUUUGGAGCGCGGAGAAACACCUUAGACUCCAUGUCCUCCUUCUCCCAGCUCCGUACCCUGAGCCACCGCAGCCUCUCCAUCGGCCGGGCAAGCGGCACCCAGGGGAGCCUCGACACAGGUAGCGACCUGGGAGAGUUUAUGGACUAUGACCCGAAUCUCCUGGAUGACCCCCAGUGGCCUUGCGGCAAGCACAAACGAGUUCUGAUCUUUCCUUCGUACAUGACCACAGUGAUCGACUACGUGAAGCCCUCGGAUCUCAAGAAGGACAUGAAUGAGACCUUCAAGGAGAAGUUUCCUCACAUUAAGUUAACACUCAGCAAAAUAAGGAGCCUGAAGCGAGAGAUGCGGAAGCUUGCCCAGGAGGACUGUGGCCUCGAGGAGCCCACGGUGGCCAUGGCAUUUGUCUACUUUGAGAAGCUCGCCCUCAAGGGAAAGCUAAACAAACACAACCGGAAGCUUUGUGCAGGGGCGUGCGUGCUCUUAGCAGCCAAAAUUGGAAGCGACCUCAAAAAACAUGAAGUCAAGCAUUUAAUUGACAAACUGGAAGAAAAGUUCCGGCUGAAUAGACGAGAACUGAUUGCCUUUGAGUUCCCAGUGUUGGUGGCCUUGGAAUUUGCCCUUCAUCUGCCGGAGCACGAAGUCAUGCCCCACUACAGACGCCUGGUCCAGAGCUCCUAGCACAGGCCUCCUAGGAAGGCAGGGGACCACUUCCCCUGAGCUCGCUGGGGCAGCGCGUACUACUGGAAAUGCAAAAAUAGAACUCAACACAGCAAACUUUUCUCCUCUCGACAUGUUUUUGUGUAGAAGCAGUACCAGAAACGUUUCAGGGAGUCUUCCAUCUGGCCAGCCAAGAUGGGCUGUGAACCAUUUACUGCUCAGCCAGGAAGGGGAGACCCAAGCAGAAGACGGCUCCCCCAGCUCUCCACUCACCAGAUUUCCUAGCUGGCCUCACCCAGACUUCCUCACGACCACACGCAGACCUGGCAGGCGUGGUCCAGGGCCUUCUCUCCAGCCCUGUUCCAACUCGGAGUGCAAAGUUCUAGAGCAGAUUGGGGAAGAGGAUUUGCAGAAGUUGGGAGAAAGCUUCUAAAAGAUACCCUCAGUGUGUCAAAAGAGCGUGCCAAUCUAUUUUUGUAUCCGCUGUUGGAAGUGCACUUUCCUCUGGAGCGUAUGGCUGAACGUGAGAGUAUGUGUGUUUGAGAGAUGCCACAUCAGCCCUCCACCCGCAAAGCCAGCCCCACCCUCUGCAGAGCAGACUUCAGCCUGGGGUCAGGAGCCAGGCUGACCCUCGGCAAUUAUUUCUAGAUAAUCUCUGGAUGACAGUCACUCUCUCCGUACCAGGUGGACAUCUUUGGCCCUUAGAAAAUGACAUUGUUUCUGUUACUGCUCCUACCACCAAGGGGACAAAGAAGACAAGCUCUCACUCGGAUGGGCUGCGUGGAAAGGUGUGGCAUGUGAUGUUCUGUACCUUUCCGCCAUCACGUCCUGCGUGUACACGAACCUUCGCACUUUCCCCACCGUGGAGAUCGUGGGGUUGGGAUCCGUGGUGUGUAUUCCUGUGCUCUAUGUUAGAGUGCGUCACAGGCACAUUUAUUGUGCUGUCUAUCUAUCUACCUAUCUAUAUAAAGUGUUUUAUAAAAUCCAAAAUAGGGGUAAGAUGCAUGAUUGGUGUUUUGAGGCUUUUGACAGCUGGGACAAACUGCAUCUUGAGCUGAGGCUGAGUCCAUCGAAGAGGCAACAGCUCUCAGCAUCACCGUGUCCCCAGGGCUGUUAGUGCAGAGCUUUCGUUGCUACUUGUACCGAUUCACUGGGACAACCUGUAUGGAGACACCUCAUCACUCUGUCACCUCGUAGCUGCAGGAGAGAGGUGCCCGUUGUGGUUCACCGGACGGAAGGAAGCCUGUGGCCCUGUAAAAAGAGAAUUAAAAUAUUUUAUUGUUUCUAUA